UCGGCCCUCAUACGAUCAGUCUUUCAUUCCUCUAUCCUCUCAUACCUCAGUCCUUCAACCCGUCCGACGAGAGAAUCGACGAGUCAAUUCAAUUCCGUCAACAUGGCCGCUGGAAUCUUUAACUCCACCUACUACGGCAAGGACUACCGCGCCGGAGCCGCGCUCCUCCGUGCUCGCCGGCCCUACCUCGUCAAGAACGCUAUCACCGGCCUGUGCCUCGUCGGAUUCACAAUUGGCGUCUAUGCCUACACCAUCCGCGCUGUCGGUCAGGAUGAGUUCUCCGAUGUCAAGGUCCCGGAGACCCCCGCCAAACCCCAGCAGAAGCAAUAGACAGUGGUUAAUAGACUCAUUCCUUCUUCUGUUGCAAUCCGGUCGAAUACAGUCGCUUGUUGGUUCUUUUGGAAGCACGGUCAAUGGAAAUACUAAGGACGUGGCUCGUGAAGUAUUCUGGUCGCCUUCCUCAUCUGAUAGACCGUCGUCAUCUAGGUUCUGGUCGCUUGACGAGCUUCGCCGCCUGAUACCAUGUUGAAUGCUCGGAACCUCGCAGAUCAAGCGACCGCUCCCCGCCAAGGGACACGUUCGACAGCAGAAGCGCUUUACAGAAUUAUGCGCUUUCGCAGACCGUCAUCUCUGCUCAUCUAUUCCCCCUCUAAGUUUAGCUUAUCUUCUGAAAGGUGUAUAUUACUCAAUUGCAAAUUGGCAUAUCCUUUUACGCUCAUUGUGGAAAGUGGCCAUGGGAUGAGUCACUUAUUUACGAUAAAGCGAGCUUCACGCUACAUACUACAUUGAAGAC